CUCUAUAACCAGGUGAUCAUGGAAAAUGUAUCAGCAGUGAAAUCCUUCAUUUUGACAGCAUACAUUGAACUGGAAGAUCACAGAUAUUUAUACUUCACAUGUUUCCUUCUUUUAUACAUUCUGACAUUACUGUUCAGUUCUGUUCUCAUUGUUGUAAUAUAUAUUGAGAGAGGUUUGCAUGGACCGAUGUAUUUAUUUAUUUGCAACUUAUCUGUUAAUGAACUGUAUGGAAGUACAACUUUAUUACCAUCUAUGCUAAACCAUUUGCUAUCUCGUAAUUAUGAAAUAUCUCUGACUUUAUGUCUAUUACAGAUAUACUGUAUAAUGUCAUAUGCUUUAGUUGAAUCUACUAUUUUAGCAGUGAUGAGCUAUGACAGGUAUGUUGCUAUCUGUCACCCAUUACACUAUCACCAUCUCAUGUCCCCUAGAAAGGUUUCUGCAGCCAUUGUAUUAUCCUGGGUUGCUCCCUCUCUGUUCUUUGCCCUGUAUUUCAUAUUAACUCUCCAACUUUCAUUCUGUGACAGGUAUAUAGAAAAACUGUAUUGUAUGAAUUACGCUUUAGUUAAUCUGUCUUGCUUUGAUACGACCAUUCAUAGAUAUUUGGGAAUAGCAUUGUUUCUUGUUUGUCCUAGUCCUCAGAUUGCCAUGAUACUAUUUUCCUACGUGCAAAUAUUCAGAAUCUGCUGGUCUGCAUCUAAAGAGUCUCAGGCCAAAGCUAUUCAAACAUGCACCCCACACUUACUGUCUGUGCUUAACUAUGCAGUGGGAGGCCUUUUUGAAACUAUCCAGAGUCGUCUCAACAUGAGUCGUGUACUGUCUAAAUUUCGCAUAUUCCUGUCACUUUACGUUGUGAUAAUUCCCCCGUUGUUUAAUCCUGUCAUUUACGGAAUUCGCAUUCAAGCCAUAAAAGUUCAAAUUUUCAAAUUGUUUCGUCGUGAAAAGUAAAGUGAACACCACUCAUGGUGAUGAUGAAAAAAAGAUGUGUUUCUGGUUUUUUUUUAACAUAUUGUUA